AUGCGAUUACUGAUUGCUCUCUACUUGUAUCACAGCAAUCACAAAGUCAAAGAUGUCAAUUUUGGCUUCACCUUUGGAUCUCCAGCUCCGCCGUCCCCGCCUCCUCCGCCUCAGUCACCCCCAGGCCUUCCCGAGAAACCCCCCAUAACACCUCAGUCGCGUCACUCUACAACUUCAAACAAACAGCUUUCUAUACCAUCCCGGGCAUCUAGCAGGCGCUCAGCAGCCCGUAGCUCUGCGCGGAAACUGCACGAUGAUGUGUCGAUAUAUGAUAUUCCUCCUGAUGAUGACGGGCCAGAGGAGAGGAGCUCAAAACGGAGACGGAUAAGUAAGGCUCACAGUGGCUCUGUUACCGGUCUGUACACAACCGCUGACGGGAUAUAUAUAGGCAAAUCAUUUGAAAGCUCGGGCAUAGAGAGCUCACCCACUGCCCACCGUACCAGUGUACGACAGCCACCGCAACUCGAGCCUGGAGUCACAGACAAACGAGCAAGCGGGAGGUCCUCGUCAAUCAGGCGAACGGCAUCUCCUACUGGAUCCUCCUUACGGAAUACAUCGCCUUUAGAGAACAUCAGGCCUUCGGUCGAGUCCUCGGUUUCUGCACCACCCUCCCUUAGAGAUGAAAAUCAGGAUAGCGAUGUCCGAUCACCCAAUGUAACUCAGAAGCAGCCAGCCGGGCCAAAACAGAGGCGACGAAAGAGGAAAUCAGUUGUUCAACAUCCGAAAAAGAAACGCAAGAGCUUACUGCAACCGCCGGAGGUCCCUGAGAGCCACGAAACUGAAGCUAAGGACGGAAGCGAGCAACUACAAUCUUCGCCCAAGGACUCGACUCCGGAUGCAGGAUUAGAUCGCGGCGAUUCACCAGACCCAAAUGACCCCAGUGUACCGGGGAAUGAGCCUACGGAGUCACCCCGAGUACACUCUCCCCCGAUUAUCGACGAACAGGUGGAUGAAGAAGCAUCAGAGCAAACAGAUGGCAAGGAAGCGAGUGAUAAUCCAGUAGUUCCCAGCCCAGCAGCCGAAAAUGAUGUGGGCGACCUAGUAUCAGAAAACCAAUUGCCAUCGCCCGAAGCCCAAGAAGCUCAAGGUGUCGAGCCAGAUACCGCCCAAAGGGAGGGAAGCUCAGUUAGAGACCAAGAUAACACAGAGAAUCAAGUCACAGCACCAAAGAAUUCCAGGAAACGAAAGAAAAAGGGCCAGGGGACCGAUGCUCCCACACAAAAAGGAAAAGCCAGUCAGAAGAAAGACAAGAGCGAGGGACGGUCAACUGUCCCCGUUCGAGUCCAUAGACUCCCUAAAAUUUCGGCUCUGCAGGAAUGGUCCGAUGCAGAAGAGUCUACUCGAUCUACUCCAGCGGAUGUCCGAGAGCCAGCAUCUGUAAAUCCAUCCUUGCGUCCUCCACAGAUCCCAUCCCGCAGUGGCAUGAAUGCUGCCGACGUUCUCAGUCAGAUAUGCCGUGAAACACUAGAAAAGACAUUAUCAACGCUGGAUUCUGCGAUAGAACGGGAGUCAAAUCGCACUCGCCAGGUAGAAUGGACCCGAAAACGCAAGGUGGUAGAGGCAUUUGGUACAGAGCUGGAGGGUAGGCUAUUUGAAAUGAGCGAACUGCUGGACAGUAAUUACGUGCUUGCAAUGCGUCUAAGAAAGGAGAAGAAGGAGGUCCUAGCGCUACGAAACCAACUGAUGGAUAUACGAAAGGAGAGAGAUGAGAUUGCCCUUCAAGCAGACGAGGUCAGGAGGAGGUUUUCUGCAGAUGAGAGCGCCAAAACGGAACAUGGGGCGAUCAACAACGCCCUUCACGACCUCCAACUCGCAGUUGAUAGAAGCCAGAAGAAGGUUGGUAAUGAAGAUGUUGAUGGCUCUACCAAUCCCUUCGCUGGCCUCGAGUUUCUUCUACGGACUGUUUCUCAAGACGUCUGCUCUUCAUCUUCCGACUCCCACGGCGGCUUAUUGAAUCAAGUGAAAUCAUUCAACAGCCAGCUGCAAAGAACAGCCGCGUUAUUAGACCGCCGAGGAUCAUAA